CUGGAGAUCAGCACCAGGAGAGCAGACCUGAUGGGCUUGUGGCUUGGCUUUCCAGCGGUUCCGUGCUCGCUCCACUUCAGCACUUAGACCUCCCGCGUGCUCGCGUUGACCGGAGCGAUCGCAGCAAAACGUCUUCAAGUCAGUUGACUGAACGAAAGACAAAGAACGAUGUCGUUUCGUUGUAAUUUAUAGCUUUUGAGCUGGUGGGAACUGUCCAUGAGCUCCCGCACAUGCGCAGAACGUGUUUCUGGUAUUCGGCGGGGACGUCAUCACAUUGCUUCCGUGUGCAAAGCAUCAUGGUAAAUGAAGUGUCAGCUGGCGCUGAUGUUUAAUAUGCUUUUCAGAGCAAUUUAGCACAGUCUUUUGGAGACAAUCACUGCACAGUAAUUUCCUCAUGAGGGUAAAUCCUCAACACCCCGUAAUCGGAAGGUUGCAGGUUCGAGCCCCGCUCAGUCUGUUGCUGUUGUUGUGUCCUUGGGCAAGACACUUAACCCCCCUUGCCUGCUGCUGGUGGUCAGAGGGAUCAGUGGCGCCAGUGCUCGGCAGCCUCGCCUCUGUCAGUACGCCCCAGGGCAGCUGUGGCUACAUUGUAGCUCAUCCCCACCAGUCUGUGAAUGUGUGUGAAUGGGUGAAUGACUGAUUGUGUUCUAAAGCACCUUAGGGGGGUUCCAGGACUCUAGAAGGCACUAUUUCAAAUACAGGCCAUUUACCAUUUAACUCAGUAUUACAGUAAAAAGCAUGCACGAGGUUAAUAAUGAGUCAUUUGUGCUGUGUUAAUUCCUUUAAUGAGUCUUUUAGAACUAUGACAGCGCGCUAACAAGAUGCUUUGCAAGUUGGCAAAUAACUACACAUCCUCUAAUGCAAAAGGCUCAGUACUGUAUUAAGUGUAAUAAGUGCUCCCUACACAUAAAAUACCCAAGUGCUAAUAUCAGAAAUGACAAUGCAUUUAUUUAAUGAUCAACUUACUGUGUAUGGCUCAUCUUUGUUCGUCUUCUAGAAUCUUCCGUUGCUGAUCUGUAACUUGCAACAUUCAUUAAACUCACAGAACGGUAGUGAGAAAGUCACCUUACCUUACCUAAAAAUAGACUGCAGUACCCAAAUUUGACCACAGGAUGUCAUGCUUGCUUCAGUAUUACAGGUUGCACCUUUAAGGUCUCAUGGCAUCAGCUGCAACAUAUUUUAUUAAUUUUGCAUGCUGAUUUGUAAAUUCUCCCUCAACCAUUCAUCCCCAUUUCAUGUAAAUGAUAUCCACGAUUAAACCACUGCUAAUGUCUCUUUAAAAAGGCAGAGAGAAGUUUUAUGUGUGUUCAAGUUGAAGGAGACAAACAAUAAUGAUGGUGGUAAAGCAAGUUGUUAUUCAUCUGUUUCUACUGGGAUGUUUUCUGCAUGACUUUGCUGAAUGCAACGUCAAAGUUUCCGAGUUUAGGUUGGAUGGGGAUUAUUUGAUUGGUGGACUUUUUGAUAUCCAUCAUGUUGUUGAAACACCUUACCGUAACAGACCAGAAGCCACCACCUGUUCAAGUCAAACGCUGAUUCUGUCAAGUUAUAUGAGGUUCAAUGUGAUGAGAUUCUCUAUAGAGGAAAUCAACAACUCCACUGUCCUGCUGCCAAAUGUAACUCUUGGCUAUGAAAUAUUUGACCACUGCUCAGUCACACAGAAUUUUCCUAAUUUGUUUAACCUGAUCUCUGUGAAUGGUCUCAUCCAACCUAAGAAUAUAUCCAGCAGAAGUUUUAAUGUGAUUGCAGUGGUUGGCACUCUAACAAGCACAGAUACACUGACUGCAGCCCCGAUCUUCAUGAUGGAACUCGUUCCAAUGAUCAGUUAUGGGGCUUCUAGCUCGGUCUUAUCAGAAAAACGUAAUUAUCCAUCUUUCUUACGAACCGUGCAUCCCAAUAAAGAUGUCAUAGAAGUGGUUGUGAAGAUUUUGUUACACUUCAACUGGCGCUGGGUUUCAUUUCUUUACACUGAUGAUGACUAUGGGAAAGACGCCCUGGCCUUGUUUAUAGAUAAGAUAAAGGACACAGAAAUCUGCUUGGCAUACACCAAAGGCCUUACUGUAGACACGGAAUACCCUCAGAUAAUUAGACAUAUAGACUCACAGAGGGUAAAUGUCAUCAUUGCUUUUGCACUUGAAUGGACUGCUGAAGAUCUCAUCAAAGCAGCAAUAAAGCGAAAUGUCACCAACAAAGUGUGGAUUGCAGGAGAUACCUGGUCCUUACACAAACAGCUUCCCAAGGAGAAAGGAAUCAAGAAUAUUGGAACUAUACUUGGUGUUGCUGAACCAUUAAUGACGAUACCAGGUUUCAGUGAUUUCAUCCAUUCGUUUAAAGCCAAUUCCCAAAAUGGAAAUGCAAAUCCACAUUUUUGUAACCAGAACUGCAACUGCAGUGAUGUAAGUGCUGAAGAUAUCAUCAAUGCAGAUCCCUCUUCAAAUUUUCCUGUUUACUCUGCCGUGUAUGCCGUCGCCCAUGCCUUGCACACAGUCUUGCAGUGUGGAGCUGGAAGCUGUAAUAGAAGUAUAAAACCGCAACCACACAUGGUUUUGGCGGCUUUGAAAAAAUCCAACUUUGUACUUUUAAAUAGGAGCGUCAUGUUUGAUGAGAAUGGAGACCCCGAAUUUGGACCCUAUUCAAUCGUUUUCUGGAACCAUAGUGGUGAAGCCGAAGUUGUUGGCUUCAGUGAUCUUUAUCCAUCAGUCCAGUUCUACAUCAAUGAUACCAAAAUUCAUUGGCAUUCAGAUAAGGUGCCUGUGUCAUUGUGUUCCCAAACCUGUCCUGGAGGAUAUGCAAUGAACCAAGAAGGAAUCCACCAUUGCUGUUUUAGUUGUACCAUCUGUCCAAAUGGAACUUAUGUCAAUAGUACAGGGAAUCCUCAUGACUGCAUCAACUGUAAGGAAAACGAGUGGUCUGAAGAAGGAAGUACAUCCUGCAACCAGCGGCUGGUGGAGUUCAUCCCGUUCACAAAUAUUGGAGCCAUGUUGAUCAUGGUCUGCACCCUGUUGUUCUUGGGCCUCGGCAUUGCUGUAUCUGUUCUCUUUGCCAUCAACUACAACACACCUGUUGUCAAAUCUGCUGGAGGACCAAUGUGCUUCCUGAUUUUAGUUUGCCUCAGUCUGUGUAGUGUUGGAGUAUUUUUCUACUUUGAUAAACCCACAACGGCUUCUUGUGUAUUAAGGUUUUUACCAUUUCUUUUGUUCUUCACUGUUUGUCUGGCAUGCUUUGUUGUGCGCUCUUUUCAGAUCAUUUGCAUUUUCAAAAUAGCCGCCAAGUUCCCCAAACUCCUCAGCUGGUGGGUGAAAUAUAACGGACAAUGGUUUAUCAUCUCUGUGGCUUUUGUCACUCAGGGAAUUUUACUUAUUAUUGGCUAUGCCAUUGCCCCUCCAAAGCCUCUCAAAAACAUAUUCUUCCAACAUGACCGAAUCAUACUUGAUUGUGACUUCAAUCAAAAUGCAUUAUUUGGCUCUAUGGUUUUCCUUUCAUCACUCUGCAUUCUUUGCUUUAUUUUCUCCUACAUGGGAAAAGACCUCCCCAAAAAUUACAACGAAGCCAAAGCGAUAACGUUCUGCCUCCUGCUGCUGAUCCUCACGUGGGUUGUCUUUGCCACUACAUGGAUUCUUUAUCGAGGAAAAUACAUCCCAUUAUUCAAUGCUCUGGCUGUUCUCUCCAGUCUUUACUCUUUACUGCUGUGGUAUUUUCUCCCAAAAUGCUACAUCAUUAUAUUUCAACCAAACAAAAACACACAGCAGCACUUCCAAUGUCUAAUUCAGAACUAUACCAAAACAGUUACUCAGUAGCUUGCUGCAAAUAUUUGCUGCUUUAUGCAGUCGGAUGCUUGGUUAUAGAAUCUUCAUUUGUCCUUUUCUUCAAAAAUGCUUUUAUUCUUUUUUUCCUAUGUUGACAUUUAAAGUUGAUCAAGAGCAGCUCAUUCAUUGUCAAAAAACACAACUUCUA